CGAUAUGAAGACAUUUUUAUUAGUUUUCCUAGUAUUUUCUCUAAAUUGUGCUAGGUCUUUCCAAGGAGAUACAAGGACUUUCAGUACCGACGCUAGUAGUGGUGAAUCAUUUGGAGGAUCAUUAACUAAGAUAGACUCGCAAGAAGUUGGUGGAUAUAAGUCAACUGAUCAUAGAGAUGAUGCUAAGUCUGGUGGGAAAUUUUAUGAUAUACAAGAUGCGGAGGGCAAUACUGUUUCAUCAGUAUUUUACAAAGUUACCCAGCCCGUCAGCAAGAGGUCAAAUUUUAAUGAGUCUAAGCCUUAUCAAAGUGAAGAUGUGAAUGAUGUGACUGAGUGUGUUGUGGGGCAGUUGUGUUAUGGAGGCGAUAAAGUCGUUACCACCCUAAAGAAUGGAGCUUACAACAUCGCUAUGUCAGCCUAUAACCAAUUUUUAGAAGUUAAUAAUAACGCUAAUUAUUUACAUAUUCUGGGAGGAGCAGUAGUUGAUUUUUCAGUUCAGGUUGGAAGUGGCCAGGUUAAUAACUGGUUGAACGUUCGACACCAAGUACAUAAAACACCUUCAUCGCACCAGGACGCUUGUAUAAAUCAAAAUGAGAUCAAGCAAGGUCAAGAAGCCCAGACAGAAUUAUUAAGGGAAAUACUUAAGGUGUUGCAGGAUAGAGGUGGUAUAGAAGAGCAAGACCAAAAGCAAACCAUGGUUGGAGAUUAUAGGCAGGCUCACAAAUUGGCGGACGAACCUACAGAGCAUAACGAUGCUAAUUGCUAAUUUUCUAACUGUUAUAUAACCUGACAUUAGAGCAAUAGUUGGAAACUAUUGUUCCUUUGGUCUUAAUAUUUCAUUCCUUUGGUCUCAAUAUUUCAUUUCAUAAAUUCGAACCAUAAAUUUAAACUAUAAAACAUAUUAGAAAAACAUAUAUAAAC